GCCUUUAAAGCUACCUGGACACACCUGAGCUCCCACCUCCGGAAAGUCCAAAACAAUACUUACGUGAGGCAAACUUCGUCGGACAAAACGGACCAAGCCUCGAGGAAAGCCGCUCUCCUGUCUUCUGCCGAGUUUUAGACGGAAGAAAUCCUAUGAGUGGCCACAUGUAAUCCCACGGACACUGUUCUGAAAGAUGUCCUUCGAUGAUAUUUAAUGAGCCGCUGCAAAACAGAAUAGACAGCCGUACCAGUGUACCGCAUCUUCAUUCAUCAGGAUGUCUGAGACCCUUUCUGCAGAUCCUGAGCCAGUGGUCAAGGCCCCUCUAGGACUGACAGCAGGACCCGACACACCUGACUGGGCAACAGAAGAGCAGAAGAUGAAGACAGACGUGGACGGAAUGGUCAGCAGUGCUCAUGUGGAGCCGAGCACUCUGCAGUGUCCUGGAGAUAAGACUAAUCAACCUGGCGGGAUGGGAAACAAGGCAGGGUCUGAUCUGAAACUAGACAGCAGCAAAACAGAUGUUGCAGCAGAGGAAGCAAGUGUGCAAUCAGAUUGCGCAUCAGUCCGUGGAGAAAUGAGUAGGACGGAGAGCGAGAGUGAGUCAGACGAAAAAGAGCUGAAGGAGAAGGUGGCACACUUGGAGAUUGAGGUGGAGGAGCUGAACUCGAUGCCAGAAAAAGCAGCAGGAGUCUUCAGCCCCAGUGUGACUGUCCUGCGCUCCACCAGCAUGCCCGAUCCACCCAGACAGAGUGUGGUCUCCUGGGAGGAGAACAUGGAGAAAAAGCCUUUCCUCGGGCAUCAGGCAACUAUGUCAGAUGAUUACUACCAUGACUACACCAUGAGCAACAAGCAGUGCUGUGGAUGUACUGGAACAAGCCGUGAUGUGCUGAAAAUGGGUGUGUCUAUAUUUAUGUCAGCUCUGAUUUUCCCCAUCCUGGUAUGGGGAGGCCACACUUUUCUGCCCUUUGAUGCUCCUUUGCUGGACAGUGCCCCCCUAAGGCUGGUCUACACACUGCGCUGCUCAGUUUUUGCAGUCAUCCCGAUUGUACUUGGUGUGUUGGUGCUGGGCGUGUCCCGUCUGCGGUACCGUUCCCUGAAGCCUCGAUGUGAUGGAGAGACUGACGCUGAACAGGUGAUCAUGCACCGGCGCUAUGUGGAUGACUCUGUCUCCCUCUUCCUCCUGUAUUUCCUGCAGCUGGGUGUCAUGGCUGCCUAUCUGAGCCAGAACCUACUCAAACUGGUCCCCCUCCUCACCAUCAUCUUCGCCUUCGGCAGGCUGGUGUACUGGAUUGCAGCUGCAUGGGGCAGCAGCAUAAGGGCUUUUGGCUUUGGCUUCUCCUUCUGGCCUAUGCUGACCAUGCUGGUGGCUAACCUUUACUUCAUCUUCAUGGCUGACUCUGCUGGUUCAAUCUUCGCCCCGGAUGAGCUGGACGCUCCUGAAGCUCUUCCAGAGCAGAGGCAGAGGUUCUGGGGUUAGAGGAGCGCCAACUAAGAAUGGAGAGGAGUUUACUCAAGUGUGCCUGUUUCUGAUCUCAUUAGGCUAAUUUUACACCCACAUGAAAGCCGUAUACACACAAGCAGGCAGGAGGUUUUGAGAGAAAUCUUAUUUGUCUCAGAAAAGAUAGGCAAAGACAAAUCCGUUAUUUGCACAUUGGACCUUGGGGCUUAGGUUUACAAUUUAGUUUCUAAUGAUUGCCCAAACAUUGCAGACACUUGUCCUAUUAAGAGCACUUACGAAUCAAACUAGGUUUUGAAACUAGUGCCUGCUUGCAAAGGACUGGCCAUUCACUUCCUAAUAGUCAUUUUGAUACAAUACAAGACUUAAAUUGACCACAUUAAGCUUCCACCCUCAGCACAGCCCUCUAGUGGGGCAGAAACAGGAUGGUGGAUGGUAGGAGAGGAGUGUAAAGCUGUUUAAACGGCACAGUAAAAUGAUCAAAUCUGUUUUCCUAUUUGCAUUUGUGAGUUUGACUAGAUGGAUUGCUGUUUAGACUUAAAGGUCUAACUGCCUGAACUAAGGCAAAUGGCAAGACUAUUCCUACAGAGAUAGUAUUUGAUUUUAUCAUAGUGAUUAUUGUUAUGAACAAACAGUUAAUAGACGCUGGGGUAUAAUUCAUUUAGAUUUGAACAAAUCAGUUACAGUAGGUUCUUCAAAAUUAACACAAGGUAGAGGGUAGAAAAGUAAAGGUUUCUGACUACAGGUUUAAAAGGUGGUUUAACCUUCUGGCAUUCAUUUUUUUCUAUACUUUCAGAGUUAGAAGAAUGUCAAUACCACUUUCUUUCUGUGUGUAGUUUGAAAAUAUUGCAAGACUUUUUUUUCUUGUGGAUUUGUUUUGUAUUGCGUGGAUUGUGGAGCUUCCCUGAAGUGACUUAUCCAUGGUCUGGUCAAAUAGCUUGACACAGUAGUACAAAUAUAAUGGGCUGCUGAGCAGAAAUUUCAUGGGUUUAGUGCUUUUACUAUUAUUACUACUUCUGUUAUUUUGUAUUGUACAGUGCAAGUAAGUUUACCUUUACUUGUAGGUGAAUAUUUACAGUUGCAGUUCCUUUACUAAUGCUGUCACAGUGAAAACUGUAUAUGGGCUGCAGUAUCUAAUUUUGCUGACCAGUCUCUUACAAAUGUCCUCUACUGAGCAGGAUGUAAGUGGAAAACGUUUCAACGACUUAAACAUGCUAGGUAGCCAACCUAAUUAAGCUACAAAGGUUAGUAAUGUAAAGUAAUUUAAAGAGUAAAGAAUUUUUGGUCAUAUAUAUAAAAUUGAAUUGUCAAAAAUAAGAAUGCACUUCCAGUGCUUUGUGAGGAUAAUCCAUUUUGACUUUGCAAAGAGAAAGAAAAGGGGAAAAAAAAAGAAGAAAGAAAAUGGAUUGAGGACGCUGCUAAAAAAUGUCCUCAUUUCUUUCCAAUACUUAUUUCUCCACAGAAUUUCUCUUUUUUUUUCUCUCACUCUUUUUUUUGAGGGAUUGGGAGACAUGGCAUUGAUGAAUUUAUCAGACUCUGUGUGGGUAGAAAGAAAAGUUUAAUUGCCAAACCGCCAGAACCAGAGAGAACAAAGGUGUUACAUUUCUGAAGAAAAUGAGAGCGCUCUUAAAUGUUUUUUUCCUUCUGUAAGUAUGCUUGUGUUUCAGCUAUACAAAACAAGGCUAUUCAGAUGUUUCUGCUAGCUUGUAUAUGAGCUUUUAUAUCCAUUUAGGUGCUCUGUCCUCCCACACUGAUACUAAGCCUUCUGUGUCUGUCUGAACUUGCACAACUCCUACUACUGCUGCUCUCACAAACCACAUCUGCUGGCUUUAUUUUUGUUUCCUUACAAUGUCAGUUAUAUUUACAGCAUACGGUGGCCCCAAAAGCUGAUUGGAUAUUUUAACCAUUUAACAAAGAUAAAAAUGCUUUAAUGCAGUUCUUUAGGUUAUUUUGUAAGAUUAUAGUUCAGAGACAAACACUUUCAGUACGUUAGACUGGUGGUAGACUCUGUGUGGAGAACACCUGCAGAAGAAGUCCAACCAGGCUGAAGGGUUCUGCAAAAUACAGGUGGAAAAAACAAAGCUUGGGGCUGUUUCUUACAAUGAUCUUGUGUUCAUGGGUGGAUUAUGAACUCAGAAGUGAACUCAGAGGUCUGUGAAGAUACUACUCAGAUAAUGAUCCGAAACACAUCAUAUGCCUGUGAAAAAGAACUUUGAUAAAAAAAAGAAAGUUACAGUCAUAGAAUGCUCUAUUUAACAUAAAUACUAGCUGGUGUGACAUGUUGUUUCUGAAUACGAUGGCACAAAUGUCCAAAUGCUUUUUGGGGCCACUAUAUGGAACUAAUAUAGUCUUGGAGAGAGUCUAUUACAUUGUAGUUUAAUGGUUCACCUUGUUAAUUUUACUUUAUUAGCAUAAAUAUGUUUGACAUAAGUUGUUCAUGAAUUGUAACUGUGAAUGUAGAUACAUUUUUCUCUCUAGUUCACCAUAAACUGGAAAUAAGCUUUUAGCCUAUAGGCUGACAUAAAGACAGAUUGCAACAA